AGUCUUCCAGUAAAUAAAUGCGUAUUUUUGUAAAAUAAAUAUAUGGACGGGCACCACCAAUAAACUAAAAUAAGGAAUACGAUGGAUGAACUUAAAGCAACGUAUCUAGUUAUUGGCGGCGGCAUUGCAGGUGUAACUUGUGUAGAAACACUCGCUAUACUUCAUCCCGAGAAGUCGCUUAUAAUUGUCACAGCUUCCUCACUCGUUAAGAAUGUGAGUAACGUGAGCUUCUACGCCAAAACAAUAGUGAAGUUUGAUGUGAACGAAACGGAAGCAAGUUCUUUGCAGAAAAUUCACCCUAACCUGAAAAUUGUGUAUGACUCAUUAAAACAUGUAGACACAAAAAACAAAUUAGCUACUACUGACAGUGGCAAAGUUAUACAGUAUGAUGUCAUUUGCAUAUGCACUGGAGGAAUACCACGGCUAAUUUCUGACUCUGGUAAAUCCAACAGAAUUCAGGGUAUAAGAGACACAGAGUCAGUGCAACAAUUUCAACAGAGGUUGGAAGCAGGUCGUAGAAUGGUGAUUGUUGGUAACGGCGGUAUUGCGUCAGAAAUUGUACAUGCAACCAGAGGAAUACAAAAAGUGUGGGUCGUUAAAGAUGAUUAUAUAUCAGCUACAUUUAUAGAUCCUGGAGCUGCUGAGUUUUUCCAAGAUACAUUUAAGAGUAAACCUUUAGAAUCUGAGAAUAACAAGCAUGUAAUAUUAAGAAGACAUGUAUUUAUGGAGGAAGACACACUAGUUGCUUUAAAUAAAAAUCUAAAAUCUGCUGCACUUGGGCCAGAUUGGUACAAGAAACUGGAAGGCAUAAGGAAUGAAACGGGGGAACAAGAACUAGAAAUUGUUUACCAGGUUGAGGUGAAAUCAGUCACUGAACAAACUGAUACAGAAUAUCCUCUAAAAGUUGAAUUGACUAAUGGAAGGACAGUAGAAUGUGACUUUGUGAUAUCUGCUACAGGAGUUGAACCUGCUGUGAAUUUUACUUGGGAUCAAGAACCUGUAAAAGGGUCAGAUGGUGGUCUAGCUGUAAAUGAUAUGCAAGAAACAAGUAACAAAGAUGUAUUUGCUGCAGGAGAUGUUGCUCAUGCAGCUUGGAAACACGCUCCACAUUGGUUCCAAUUGAGGUUAUGGACUCAAGCUCGGCAAAUGGCAGGAAUGGCUGCCAAAGCUAUGCAUGCCAGAAUAUGUAACGAAGAAGUUUGGCAAGACUUCUGCUUUGAACUUUUCACACAUUGUACAACUCUUUUUGGAUUCAGGGUAGUUUUGCUGGGAAAAUAUAAUGGACAAGGAUUAGGGAGUGACUAUGAAAUCCUGUUAAGGACAACUCCUCGCCUGGAGUACAUAAAAUUUGUGCUUAAAAAUGGUAGAUUGCAAGGUGCUAUAUUGAUUGGCGAAACGGACUUAGAGGAAAUGUGUGAAAAUUUAAUUUUGGAUCAAAUAGAUCUCACAGCUUUUGGAGAUGAUAUUUUGAAUCCUGAUAUAGAUAUUGAUGAUUAUUUUGAUUGAGAAUUUAGACAUUAACAUUGAUAUCGUCAAUGGUUUUUGGUGAAUCCAAACUAAAAUAUAUCCCCAUCAUUAUCAGUAAAAAGAGAGAAAACAUUGUUUUAUAUAGUUUAGUUUAUUGUUGUGUGUGUAUAUUACAUAAUACACUUCUAUAGUUGAUACAACAAUGUUGUCAGGUUAAUCUCAAAAUCAUCUGGAGUUAGGGUCGUAUUCCAGAACUCUACUCAAUACUCAAGUUCUGACUUUAGUAUUGCAGUAAGCACUGAAAAUUAUACU